CGCCCCGGGCCGCCCAUAAAAGCGGCCCCGCGCCCGCCCGCCCUCCCGCCACCGCCGCUCCGCCGCCGGCCAUGGCCAAGGACCAGCUGAAGCCGCGGCUGUGCCGAAUGCUGAAGGGGGAGAGCGGCUACGGCUUCCACCUGCACGGCGAGAAGGGCAAGAGCGGCCAGUUCAUCCGCAAAGUGGAGCCCGGCUCGCCCGCCGAGGCCGCGGGGCUGCGCGCCGGGGACCGCGUCGUGGAGGUGAACGGGCUCAACGUGGAGCAGGAGACACAUCACCAGGUCGUGCAGCGCAUCAAAGCCGUGGAGACGGAGACGCGCCUGCUGGUGGUGGACAAGGAGACGGACGAGUACCUGUGCAGCCUGCGCCUGACCUGCACCGAGGACAUGGUGCACAACGGGAUCCUGCUCAGCUCCAACGUCUCGCCCUCCAAGGCCCUGGGCAGCGACAACGGGGAGGUCUGGAAGCCGCAGCUGGAUCUGAGCGGGGGCAGCCUCCAGCGGCAUUCCCACAGCUUCUCCUCGCAUGGCAGCAGGAAGGAUUUAAACGGACAGAAGGAGCUGUGCCCACGUCUCUGCCACCUGAAGAAAGGCCCCAAUGGCUACGGCUUCAACCUGCACAGCGAGAAGUCCCGGCCGGGGCAGUUCAUCCGCUCGGUCGAUCCCGACUCUCCGGCUUCCCGAGCGGGGCUGCGGCCCCAGGACCGGCUGGUGGAGGUGAACGGCAUAAACGUGGAGGGCCUGCGGCACUCGGAGGUGGUGUCCCACAUCAAAUCCAGGGAGAACGAAGCCAGGCUCCUGGUGGUGGACCCCGAAACAGAUGAAUACUUCAAGAAGCUGGGGGUGACCCCCACGGAGGAGCACACCAAAGGGGUGGUGCCUCAGCCCAUGACAAACGGAUCCGCACAGACUCAGCUGAACGGAGGAUCCACAUCUUCAUCUCACAGUGACCUGCAGAGUCCUGGGAAGGAAUCAGAGGACGGAGACGGGGACAAGAAGGACCCGUUUGAGGAGAGCGGGCUGAGCCUGAGCCCCACGGCCGCCGAGGCCAAGGAGAAGGUGAGGGCCAAGCGGGUGAAGAAGCGAGCGCCGCAGAUGGACUGGAACAAGAAACGGGAGAUUUUCAGCAAUUUCUGAGCCUGGCUGGUGGUGCCACCACCGCCCUCCUCCCGCCCAGCCCGGACGUUUCUGAGGUGCCUACGCCCUGUCCUUCAGUGUCCACGUGAGAUGCUUUGUGCUCUGCUCUUCACUGGUUGCUUUUACAAGGCAUAUUUUAAAGCCCUUUUUAUUUUUGUUUUUUAUUAUUAUUAUUAUUAUUAUUGUUAUUAUUAUUAUUGUUGUUGUUACUCACCAGCGAUUCUCAUAAGACAAAUGUGACCAAAGCUCCUUUUCUUGCUUGCUCUUGAGCCCAGCUCUGGCUGCCCGCCGUCCCCCGUUCCUAUGAGAAAGGACUGGAAGAAUUUUAACUCUUGUUUCCUGAAUCAUUUAGGCUUCUGUUACUUCUUUUUUUUUAUUUUUUUAUUUAGGGGUGUUUGUUUUGGUUUUUUGUGGGUAUCCCAGAGUGAGCCCCAUGGGAUGCUCUGUGCCCCUGUGCAAACAUCUCACAGCUCGUGGUGGGUGCCCACAGGGUGGGGUGUACCUGGCACCCCCUCCCCUGGCACCCCGUGUCCAGCAUUAGCUGAUCCCACGAUGGGAAAAUGGACUGUGGCUGGAAAUGGCUCCUGUUGGCUUUGCUAUUGAAGCGAAAACGUUUGUUUUGUUGUUUUUGUUGGUUUUUUUUUUUAAUCGAGUCCCAUAUGUUUCCAGUUAGUUUAGGAACUUCCCUCCCACCAGCAGCUCCUGCCCCGGCAGUAAAAGCCCCUUUUUCAUCCUCGACAGCUCUGCAGAGGGGAGAGGGCAGGAUUUAAAACCCAACUCCAGCACAGCCCUCACCACCUGCAGCCGUGGAAGGCAGGGAGGGGGCCGGUCCUGCCCUGCGGCGCACGGAGACCAGAGACACAAGAUGCUACAAAAACCUCUUUGGACAGGCCUGGAAGUGAGGACAAACCAGCUCUGCUUCCAGGGGGGAAGGUGGGGCUGUGGCUCGAGCUGUGGGCUCGGCGUUGGGAAGCGGGGCUGGGCUGGAGCUGGAGCGUGUCUGGUUCCCACCUGGGCUGGAGUUUGGUGCCUCCAGCCCGUGAGUGUGUCUUGCCAUUGGAAGGGCAUCCUCCAAAGCUGUGGGUCCGUGGGGCUGGAGAAGAAGCUGGCAGUGGUGCAAUGGAACGGGCAGUUGCUUUGGCGUUCUGUGGCCUCCUCCAAGCCCCUGCUCACGGCAUCCGAGCCUCCCACGUGUAUCUUUAAAGCAUUACAGAUUAAGCCCAUUUCUGCUCUUUAUGACUUGCCUUUGGCUGUGUGAGGGAAGGUGCCUCAGCUGAACUGCACCACUCACAGGUAGCAGAGGUGUGUUACCGGGGCAGUGUCGGGCUGUGACAGGGCUGUCCCGCUCCCUCCCGUGCUCCAGCAGCAAUUCCAGCCCGGGCUGGGAAGGGACUGGGCACAGCAGGACAGUGGAGCACAAACCCCCUUUUCCCAGCUGAAAGCAAACAGCAGCAAUCAGCUGGCUAUCAGUGACUCACAAACAGAGCUGUGAUUGUGCCCUGCCUCACUCCAGCACUGCCGAGAUAAAAGCCCUUGGGUUAGUCAGCGUGCUACGGACAUGGGAACGGCUCUGUGUGUAUUUCCUAAGGUAUUUCCAAAAUAUGGAGCUAAAAGGUGCCUUAUACCAUUCUCUGCUCUCCUCAGCAGCAGGCUGGGGCUCAGCACGGGAUGUUUGGCUUCCCCAUGGGGAGCAGCUGAUGUCUGUGGCUCUUUGCUGCUGGCAGGAGAGCGUGGAGAGCCUCAGGGGUGCAGGAGAUGAGUUCUCUUUAGGAAAGUUAUCUUUCAGGGUUGUGGAUGGGCUGAACAGGUUGCAUAUGAUGACUUUGGAGAGGAACUGGUACAGGUGUUUGGCUAUCAGUGACAGGCAGGCAGCAGGAUCAGGGGGCAUGUGGAGAGGUUGCCUCCCCUCAGGGCUCUGCCAUUAAGACACCCCUUCCCUACCCCUCCUCAAGUUACCUGCUCUCUUUUGGGCCCCCAAAAUAGGAUCUUCUAUCAGUGGGUAAUGUUUGGAAGGAGCUCUUUUUCAUGGUGUGCACGUUGCUUCCUGUGCCCGCAUCGCCAAACCCCGGCAGUGCCCGGGCUGCACAGGGCAGAGCGUUCCCAGGACACCCUGAUACAGCUCAGAGAGCAAAGACCUGUUGUAAAUACCCCAUUUCUCAUCCAAGACUGCUGUAGUUGAGGUGGGGGGAAAAAAAAAGAACAUGUAGUUUUGAAUGCAGAUCAAAAGAAAUCAGGUGUGCAAACCCGUACUGAUAAGAUUUAAAAUCUUAAUCUCUGCUUAGUCCAUGGAAACUGCUCCUGGUUGAAGCGUUACCAUAUUCCUGACAUCUUGUAGCUCAGUAGUAAUUAUUCAGUUCCUGUACAUUUAACUUGGAAAAAAAAAAUUCAAUAAAAGUAUAAGGCUGUCAGCUGCAUUGCAAAACCAUAAUGUACACUGUAAUGUCAGUAAUAAACUUGGUCUCCCAUGUA